AUGGAAUGGUUCGGUCGCAAGCGCACUUUCGCGGCCUGCGUCAUCCUCACCGCCGGUCUCGUCUUUAUCCAAUUCUUCGCCCGUUCUCUCAACGUCUUGCUCGCCGGCGAGCUUCUGGCGGGUCUUGUCCUCGGCCAAUUUGUCGUCAUUGCACCCGCCUACGCCUCAGAAGUCUGCCCGACCGCUGUUCGUGGCCAUCUCACGGCCUACGUCAAUUUGUGCUUCGUCAUGGGGCAGCUGCUCGGCAACGGUGUCACCGCCGGCACGCAGACGCUCAAUACCCACUGGGCCUACUCGAUCCCAUUCGCCCUGCAGUGGUUCUGGUGCGCCAUCAUUAUUCCCGGCAUGUUCUUCGUCCCUGAGAGUCCUUGGUGGCUCGUCCGCAAGGGUCGCAUGGAGGACGCCGAGGCGUCCCUCAGGCGGCUGGCCUCGAGCAAAGUAAAUGUCGCUGCCAGUCUCGCAUUCAUCGUCGAGACCGAUCGCCUGGAGCUGGAACUUGAGGCCGGUAGCACGUACAUGGACUGCUUCCGCAAGGUGAAUCUUCGCCGCACUGAGAUUUCGAUUGGCGUGUACUGUGCGCAAGUCUUGAGCGGCAUCUACCUCAUUAACUACGGCACCUACUUCUUCCAACAAGCUGGCUUGCCUACGGACCAAGCUUUUAACAUGGCCGUAGCUGUUGGUUUCGUGGGGACGGUCAUCUCUUGGGGCCUCAUGGUCCGCGUCGGCCGUCGAACCCUUUUCAAUUGGGGUCUCGCUAUGCUCACGUUCCUCCAGCUCUUGAUAGGCGUACUGGAUUGUAUUCGCGAUAGACCGAGUGGCGCGAUAUGGGCUGAAUCAGUGUUGAUGCUGGUGUGGAACUUCUUCUACGACAUCUCUAUCGGCCCGAUCUGCUUCGUGCUCCUUGCAGAGUGCUCAGCCACGCGUGUGCGCUCCAAAUCCAUCGCAAUUGCCACCGCCGCUCAGAAGUUUGGCGCAGCCUGCGUGCCACGAACUAUACAACCCGCUGACCGGUGGACAGUGAUGACCGUCGCGAUUCCGUAUCUCGAGAACCCCACCCAAGCAAAUAUACAAGGGAAAUUGGGCUUCUUCUUCGGUGGCCUGGCGGCUCUGUGCCUUGUGUGGUCGUAUUUCCGGGUCCCGGAGACCAUGGGCAGAACCUACGAGGAACUUGAUUUGCUUUUCGACAACAACGUGCCAGCGAGGAAAUUCAAGGGCUACCAAUUGGAAGGAGCAAUUUCUUCUGCGAAUAACGAGGAGGAGGGACUGACGAAGAGUGCGUAA